ACGGUUAAAAUUGUAUGCGCAAGGAAGGAAAGAUAGAAGUGGCCGUUUGAGUGGACUCCUUAGUACUUAGCACCCGAGUGGCGCAACCGCAAACUGAAGUCACCGGCAGACACCUUCCCCUCGGAGAGCGCCACUCGCUUCAGCCAGAUCAAAGAAUCUUCGAUCGACUAUUCAAUACUUGAGAUCUGAUACUUUUCACAUUGCAAUUUGUCCUCCUUUUAUCAAUUUAUCGAUUGUUUGGAUUGGAUCUUCAAGAUCUACGACCGGAGGAGGAACAACAGGAGAGGGGGGCAUAUUAAUUCCAAUGGCAGCAGUAAAGCCUGGUUUGAUUGCUUUGUUUGAUGUUGAUGACACCCUUACAGCUCCAAGAAAGGUAAAGUGUUAGUGUUAUGAAUUUGGAAGUGACGAUAUAUCUGGUUUUCAUUUAAAUGCAAGAUGGCUACUCCAGAGAUGAUUGAGUUCAUGCAGGAACUCCAGAAGAAUGUCACAGUUGGAAUUGUGGGUGGAUCUGACCUUUCCAAGAUAUCAGAGCAGCUCGGGAAAACAGUUGUUAAUGAUUAUGACUAUGUAUUUACUGAGAAUGGCCUUGUGGCUCAUAAGGAUGGGAAACUCAUUGGCACCCAGAGCUUGAAAUCAUUUCUUGGAGAAGAGAAGCUCAAGGAAUUUAUAAACUUUACUCUCCACUAUAUUGCUGACUUGGAUAUCCCGAUAAAGAGUGGAACAUUUAUAGAAUUUCGAAGUGGGAUGCUCAAUGUGUCACCUAUUGGGCGGAACUGCAGCCAAGAAGAAAGAGAUGAGUUUGAAAGGUACGACAAGGUUCACAAUGUACGCCCAAAAAUGGUAGCUGUGCUUCGUGAAAAGUUUUCUCACCUCAACCUUACAUUUUCUAUUGGAGGGCAAAUAAGUUUCGACGUUUUCCCCCAAGGAUGGGACAAGACGUACUGCCUUAGAUACCUUCAAGAUUUUCAUGACAUCCACUUCUUCGGUGACAAAACUUACAAGGGCGGAAAUGAUUAUGAAAUUUAUGAAUCGGAGAGGACCAUUGGUCAUAGAGUUACCAGCCCAGAGGACACGAUGGAGCAGUGCAAAAAAUUAUUCAUAGCAAAACCCUGAAACGCUUCACUCUGUGGCAGUCUUUUUAUUUUAAUUAUCUGCCAUUUGUAAUCUUUAUAAAUUGAAAAAUAAAUGCUAAGCAGACACUGUUGUACAAGUUUGUAACCUAUACGAUUUGAUUGUGGAUGAAGAGGUGAAACUCAUUGUAAUUUUGUUUGUCUUGUAGCAUUGGACUUCCAUCUAUUUUGAUGGUGUUUACAUUAGCA